AUGCAAGAGCACCCGGAGUUUUUGCAUAUGAUGUUUUUGAGAGGAUUGAAGGAUAGAUUUGCACGCGCUGUGAAAUUACUCGGUACUUUGGAUCCGUCUGUAGUACAUUAUGCCAAGUUAUUAUUGGAUAAAAAUGACACUCAGGCACUCAAUCGUGCCAAUUUUAAAGAGGCAAUAGUAGUGGCAACACACAUUGGACAACAUACUAGUACAACUUUCAAAAACUACUUCCGUACGGAGAAUUCGGCUCAUGACAUAUUAAGAGAUAGAUAUCGCAGAUAA